AUGAGCUUAAGCAUUAGGCAUUUGAACAACCUCAAUUCUAAACUGACACCAUCACCACUUUCAAGACUUGAAUGCAAUCAUGCCGCUUCUAUGCUCUCGAAUAAUACCAAAGUGAAACGAAAUAACACCAAUGUGAUCCUACGAUAUUCAAUGAGUCUUUAUCCGAUGUCAAUAUUCGAUGAAAAAUUACAUCCUGAAAUCAGUCGAGUUCUCAUUCAACCGAGUGACUCUAUGCCACUCAGUUUAUGA